AUUGUUCAUUCUAAGAAAUCUGGCAACAUCAGUAAAAACUCUUUUUGAGGGAGCUACAAUCUGCUGCUUUCUAACAUAGACUUUAUGUCAGAAUGUUGCGCCCAGCCACAUCACUUGCAUUAUGUUCGCAUUUUGAAUCAGAAAGUAGCAGGACCUUGUGUUAGCUUGCUAUGUAGCUAGGCGGCACCGGCUAGAUCUUGUGAACGUGCCGAGGAGUUCACGCUAGCAUGCGUUAGCUAGAUUGAGCUAGUCGUGUUCCGUGACAUUUUAUUUAGCUCGCUGCUGGGUGUAAUGGUUAACUGGAAUCAGCAACGCUGUUAAGCUUGAAUACAUAAAACAUUAUCUGGCGUGUUAACUCGAUAGAUAACACUUAUUUGUAUGAGCGUCUGUUUCCGCGUCAGAUCUAAUUGGGCUAUCUUGUGUUUUUAGCUAUGUAUCUAUCGAAGCUACAUACUGUAGCUAAUAGUUUAGCUGAAGCUAGGUUCCUAGUUAGCCAACUACUUUGCGUCUACUGAUAUAGCUAGCUAGCCAGAUGCCGUGGAAACGUUAAUGGUAAACUGGGAAACAAAUAUGUUGUUGACCGUCAUGAAAACGAAUUGGUUCGCUUUCUAAAAUUGUUUUCCACAUACGCCAGUAACAAUGUUCAAAACGGACCUAGCCAAAGUCAGCUAACUAGUAAUUAUAUUUUUCCGCCGUUACGGUGGCUACACGACCACAGCCUCCAUGUCCUCUGAACAGGCCCCCUUUCCUGCUGGCGCUACGGGGCUUCUUCGUGGGAACCGAACCAAGUCUUACGGUAGUCUUGUACGUUCUCCCGUGUCACCAGUGCAACAGGGACGGGUAAAACAUCAAGUACAACCAGGGGAUACGCUGCAAGGACUCGCGUUGAAGUAUGGCGUAUCAAUGGAACAGAUUAAAAGGGCAAAUAGACUGUACACCAACGACUCCAUAUUCCUGAAGAAGUCACUCUCCAUCCCAGUGCUGACCGACCCUGGAGUACAUGGAGUAGAGUCGGCAGAAAAAGUAUCCAGCCAGUCGGCUGAGAGUGACCAUAGAGAGGACCAGAGUCACAAUGUUGGGCAAGACAACGGGACAGGUGAUGGGCAUGCGAGUGGGGUGGAGGGAGAGUCUGACAUCUCACCAAUGGACUUCCUGAAAAGGAUAGAUAGUUCAAUCGACCAGUCCAAACAGGCUGCUGCUAGGAAGAUUGCAGAAGGAGAGAAGGGUGUGGGUCAGUUUCACACCCGCAGAGCCUCAGCCAGUCAGAUUACGGAGUCCCAUAGCUUCAGUUCCUCUCUCAGGACCCACCAGCGGGCUGUGCUGGGGGCUGUCCCACUCACCGUCACCAAAUGCACCAAGAAACUGAAGGACAAGGAGGAUGAGAUCUUUGAACUGUGAUGUCAUUGUUGCCUGUCUUUUAUAGGGAGGCAGGUACAGUAUGCCAUGGUUUUUAUUUUUAAGUCAGCAGGCUUAACUGGCUGAUCCUGAAGUUCUUACCUUAUAAGGUAAGAACUUAAGGAUCAUUGGGUGCUUGUUAUGUUUUUUUUGUUUGUAACAAUUAGCAACAGACAUUUUGCAACAGUUUUCUAAGUAUUCUUGACCUUUUAAUAUAGGCUGGUAUUAAGAAAAAAUGGCAAAAAAUGCACUGUUCAGUCAUGAUAGAUGUUAUCUUAUGCACUAUUUAUUAAUAGGUGAAGUUCAGGGAUCCUGCAGAAAAAUAAAUAAUUAAAUAUGUGUGUGUCUGUCGGUAUUUUAGAAAAAAAAUGUUUCAGUGUUUAUAGACUUUGUCAUAAGUAUGUGUCAUACUUUGGUGGCAUAUUUGCCAGUUUUAGAUGUUAGACUGGUCAAUAAAAAAACCACCUGCACUCUAGAGAAAGUACACUGAAGCACGUCAGCUCAUUUACAAGGUAAGACUGAUGAAAUGCACAAAUGAGCCCAUUUCUGACGUGUGGGUGUGUGUUUGUGCCUCUGCCAGACUACAAAAACGUGAAAGAAUAUAGAAUGAGUGUAACUAUUUUAUUCCACGCAAUAGAUCUACUGAUUUGUACCCUUUGCCCAAUAUUAAAAGGGUUUUGUAUAUUGAUUAUGUGUCAUUAUUACUUUGUGUUAUUCCAGUUGGUGAAAAUUCUGUUAUCUCCAAAAUCAAUGGUAAUGUCUCAGCCACUGUAAAGAACAGAAAGAAUUGUUGUUUGCUGGCCUUGCCAGUAAACUGUGGGUUAUUCAGCCUUCUAACAGUAUGACGUAUUUCUUGAUUGUGAAUUUUUGUAUUGCUCCUUGUCUGAUUACCUUUGUAAGAUGGUUUACAGAAGUGUAAGGUUAACCCAGUGUGAUAUUCUUACUGAAGUAGUGCAAGCAUGAUCAUUGAGCUAUACUGUUUUGCCAUGAUCGUGUCUAUUUGAUGCCUUUUUGUUUUGCUUUGCACCUGCUGUAGGCACCUCAGUUUGGCCUCUUCUGGCAUAGACUGGCAUGAAGGAAAUGAAAUGUUACAGAUUAAUUUUGGUAUGGGACACAUCUUACAUGGAUGGCUUGUGUUGACCAAACUAAACUCUGGAUCAUCUCGUACACAUUUACUGUACAACCUAGUAAAUGUGCAGAGACAAACUGCUUUUUUUGGGCUUCACUACUAAGGUCUCCCCAUUGAAUGGCCUCUGAGGAAGAAGAAGAAAUAUAUGGCAUAAAUGUCACCAUCCAUUCUUUUUGCCAAACACUUGUGUUAAAUUAAUUUUAAGGCCAAGGUCUAAAAAUACAGGAUUGCACAUGUCACAGAUUGAUUAAAAACAAGCAAAUGCCUUUUAAAAAUGUUGAAUAUAGUGAAAAAAGGUAAGUAUUGAGUAUUGAGAAAAUAUUAGAAAAUUUAGUAAUCACUUCUGACAUUUUUUUCAGUCUCUGGAAGCAUUUGUUAAUUUGCCUUCAGAAAACACAUCUUGGUUAAAUAUAAUAUUUUCUACAAAGCCCUGUUGUUUUAUGCCUGUUGAACAUACUCCAAUCUAGGAUGUGCCUUCAUGCAAAGCCUGGCCCCUGAGCUAUAUUCUCCAAGCGAAUAAAGGCUUCUAUCUGUG